AAGAAGAAAUAGCCGAGCAGGGCGUCGAACGACGGUCGAUUUGAGUGAAAGUGAACAGGGAACACAAGUAGGCGUAUAAAAUCAGGAACCGAAACGAGUGAUGGCACAUUCGAACCCUCGCCAUUCGGGAGCGACGAUGAGGAGCGAGUACGUUCUGUUUUGCCUUUUGGCGGGCGUUGUGGUGGCCGAAGAACAGGCGAGAAAGACGAAGCGAGGGAUCCUGUUGGCCACGCCAGGAUCACCCGUUGCUUUGGACUUCGCCUCGAGACACGAUGGCUUCGAAUCGAGCGCGUUCGGAUUAACUGGACUCGCCGAUGGACCUGGGACCGGCCAAUUUUCUGGAUUAGGAGGAGCUGCCACUGUUCACCAAGCGCCAGUCCUCCUCCAACGGUAUCCACUGUCUUAUUAUUACGCGAGGCAGUCUCUGCCCGUGGUCAGGGACGUUCACGCGCCUCAUCAGAGACCAGCACCGGGUCAGCCUGUCAGAUUGCUGGCUCCUUCUCAGCCGAUCUCGGUUUCCCAACAAGUCGAUAUUCCUCAGACGGUCUCCAUCGUGCCUCAAUCAGUUCCCCUCGUCGUGUCCGCCGUGUCCUCCAGCUCCGCUGGAACCGGCUUCUCCUCUAGGAUCGAUUCUAGUCGCGGUGUCGCGGUGGCUCGAUCUUCUGGCCUGGCUCCCUCCGGCUUAGCGGCUACCGAUCUCGGCUCGAGAGGCUUGACCCCCAAUCUUGGAUACGCUUCGUCUGGAGGGGUUGCUGCUCUUGGAGGAGUUGGCAGUGUUUGAAAGAAAAGGAAAUCGAUGGGACGGGAAAGGUUAAAAUGAAUUUUUUAUUACGAAUUAAAGUUUCUCCUAAAGUUUGUAGUAAUCAUUUUUUUUGUAUCCUUUGAUAAAAUUAUAUUUUUGCGUACGAUAUA